AUGGCGUCAGUCAGGUUUCUAUUUGAGGGCGGGGCCACCGUCAGCGGGCGAGGCACAGCCCGCUCUGGCCCCGCCCCCAACACCGGACAUGACCUUUUCUUUCUCUUGUUGUCUCUCUCAGAAGAAGAGGAGGAGGAGGCUGAGCCAGAAGAGGAGGAAGAACAGGCAGAAGAGGAUGGAGAAGAGCAACAAGAAUACCAAGAGGAAGAAGCCCAGGAGGAAGAGGAGGAACGCCCCAAACCCAAACCCCUGGUACCCCAGCUAGCCCCACCAAAGAUUCCCGAGGGGGAGAGAGUUGACUUUGAUGACAUCCACAGAAAGCGUAUGGAGAAGGACCUAUUGGAGCUCCAGACUUUGAUUGACGUCCACUUUGAGCAGAGGAAGAAGGAAGAGGAGGAGCUUAUUGGACUCAAGGGUCGAAUUGAGCAUCGUCGGUCAGAGAGAGCGGAGAUCCAGAGGGUCAGGGCAGAGAAGGAGAAGGACAGACAGAACAAGAUUGCGGAGGAGCGCCAGCGAAAAGAGGAAGAGGAGGCCAAGAGGAAGGCUGACGAUGACGCCAAGAAGAAGAAAGUUCUGUCCAACAUGGGGGCUAACUUCGGAGGCUUCCUGGCCAAGGCCGAGUCGAGGAGGGGUAAACGCAUGACCGGCAGGGAGAUCAAGAAGAAGACCCUGGCAGACCGACGCCAAGCGCUUGGCACCGAGAACAUGAGGGAAGACGGGCUCAGGCAACGGGCCCAGGAGAUGUGGGACUGGAUUUACCAACUGGAAUCCGAGAAGUUUGACUUCAUGGAGCACAUGAAGCACCAGAAAUAUGAGAUCGUGGUGCUGCUGAACAGAAUCUCUCACGCUCAGAAGUUUAAAAAGGUUCACGGCAAAGGGAAGGUGGGGGGCCGCUGGAAGUGAGGAGCUGAAGACAGAAGACUAAAAGGAAAAGGAGAAAAAGCAACAGACUGAUGAAGGAUUCGGGCCCUUCCCUCCUCUUCAUCUCUCCACUGUCAUUCUUCCCACAGAUCCCCAUGUGUGUGUGUGUGUGUGUGUGUGUGUGUGUGUGUGUGUGUGUGUCCCGGUGAAACGUCAACUUCUGAAUUAUGAUUUGAACAGCCAAUAAAAAAAGC